CUUAAAUUGUUUCCAUUUAUUACUAUGGCUGAUUCACUAGAUGAUGCUACAGUGUUGAUAAUCAUAACAGAAAAGGACAAGUGUUUGACCACUCUUAAGCUGUUCAAGGCACUUGUUGGGAGAAGGAUUACAAUUGUUUCUUCAAAAUGGGUAUCACAUUCUUUGCGUGAAGGAGUUCUUCUGAAUAAGCUAGAUUACAUGGUACGAAACACAUUAGUAUAUGGUGAUGUGAGUAGAACGGAGAAUUAUCAACCUUUUACUUACCAGAUCAGUGGUGGGACAUAUACUGACCUGAGUGUUGAUGAUGUAAGAAGUCUUCUCAAUGGGAUAUGUGGUACUGAAGUAUUGAUCAGGACAAAAGAGACGAUCAUCAUUCGUGGUGAUGAUGAGUUAAUAUUCUCAGGUACACCAUGA